GAUCUGGACAGUUCAUUUGAGCUCAAGGGAUGGAGCCCUGUUGCUAGGGGGUGUCCCUCCUUAGCAACAGGGCUGGGCAAUCACCACACAUUCCCAAUCUACCUCUGAGAGAGCUUUAGAAGACAAGACAUACCCUAAAGUAUCCACGUCCAAGUUUCUGGUCUCCAGACUCAGCCAGCUCCGGACUUUGGCCUCACCCAAAAGACUCCAUUCACCCUCCACCUACUGGGUCCCCUGGGCUAGGAGGAUGUGACAGGUGGGAGACCCAACAUCAUGGACGCUCCACUGGAGGAAGGGGGCCUGGGAGGCUGAGACACAUACCCCUUCACCGAGUAAGGAUACCUACAGGUGCUCUGGGGCAGAGAGCAGGUGAGGGAGAUGUUUCCAGGAACCGCACCCCCACCUGCCUGCUCCCAACACGGUCACGAAUUUGCACAAGGGAACUGUGGUGAAAGGUCCCCACAGUCCCCCACUCUCCGCUCUACAUGUACUGGGUCCAGUGAAACCCUGGAGGACAUCUCCAGGGACAGCAAGAUCCCCAGGGACAUCACGUCAGCCACACAGGCAGGACCAGUGACAGUUGGUAUGAGGUGCAGACCCUGGAACCCGGGACUCUGUACACCUUCAGUGUGUGGGCAGACAGGAACAACGUGACCGGUUAUGCGCAGAGCCUCCUUGGAUCCACAGAUGGAGCUGGAGCUGUCUCUUUCCCAGGCCUGACUCCGGCCUGACCAUUCAGGACCUGCUCUGUGCAUUCAUGGCGGCGGCGGCGGGGAAGCGGCCCCUGACCCAGGCGAUUUAGGUGGGGCAGUGUGAGGGGACGCAGGAGGGGAGACCCCAUGGCAGGCCUGAGAGGCGGGGCCGGAGCGCAGGAGUGCGCAGAGGUGAGGACCAGGGCUGAGGGGUGGGGCGGGGCCGGGAGCCUCCACUUCCUCCUCCUCCCUUCCCACCCUGGCCCGUGGCUUCACCACCAUGAGACUCAGAAAGGGGAAAUUCUCGCGUUUAAAGUCCAGCAGGUGGAAGGUCAGGGCUGGGACACCUGGGUCCCUCGGCAGUGUCUGGAGACAUGAUGGGGACCGGAGGGAGCCUCGGGGCCUGGGGGAGCCUGGUGCUGCUGGGCCUGUGCAGCUGGACAGGGGCCAGGGCGGCUGCCCCCAGCCCCGGCAGGAACCUGACUGCGGAGGUCCGGACCCCCAGCUCCAUCACCCUGCAGUGGCAGACGCCCGGUGGCCUGGACCGGAGGCACCACACCCCCUGGGGCCUGUGGACCGGACGGGAUGGCGGAACUGAGGCUCCACGCACGACCGACACCAGUUUCACGGUGGACGGACUUGGGCCCAGGUCUCCGCAUGAGUCUUCCGUGUGGGUGCAGCAGGAUGAGACCAACAGCUCCAAGCAGACUCUGCAAAACAGCACAGGCCCCUGUCCCAUCAGGAACUUGAAGGUAGAGGCUCAGACCACCAGCUCCGUCACCCUGAUCUGGGAGGAGCCAGGUGACCCUGACUUUCAGAACUACGUCUACUGGAUCCAGUGGACUGGGAGUGAGACGCAGAACACAACCAACACCAGCUUCGUGGUGGACGGACUGCAACCCGGGUCCUUGUAUGAAUUUUCCGUGUGGGCAGAGAAAAAUGGAGUCGUCUGCUGCAUGACAAUUUGCAACGCCACCACAGUCCCCAACGCAGUGACGAGCCUCAGUGUGCAGAAGCAGACCAACAGCUCCAUCACCUUGAGCUGGACAGCUCCCCCGGACCCAGCUCAUCCUCUCUACACCUACGGGGUCUCAUGGGUCAAGGAGAGCACCAGCGCCAUUAGUAUCCGGAACACCACAGAUACCGGGAUCAUACUAACAGAACUGGAAGCUGGGAGCUUGUACAUCAUCACCGUCUGGGCAGAGAGGAAUGAGGUCAGCAGUGACAACCGGACACUCACUGGAGCCACUGCUCCCAACACAGUCAUGGAUCUACACAAGGAAAACCAGACGAGCAACUCAAUCAUCCUGCGGUGGAAGGUCCCCGCAGACCCUCACUCUCAGCUCUACACGUACUGGGUCCAGUGGACCCCUGGGGGACAUCCCCAGGGACAGCAAGACCCCCAGGGACAUCAGACCAACCACACAGGCAGGACCAAUGACAGUUGGUAUGAGGUGCAGACCCUGGAACCCGGGACUCUGUACACCUUCAGCGUGUGGGCAGACAGGAACAACGUGACCGGUUAUGCGCAGAGCCUCCUUGCAUCCACAGCCCCGAGCCCAGUCACCAUCACCUCCUGCAUCAGCACCUCUGGGGGCCACGGGGUCAUCUUGACCUGGUCCUGCCCCGCGGGAGGCUACGAGGCCUUUGAGUUGCAGGUGGGUGGACAGCGGGACUGCCAGAAUGGAUCGUCCUGUGGGAGGGGCGUGUCUGUGUGGGAUCUCCAGCCAGCUCAGUCUUACCCAGCCACCGUCACCACCAUCUGGGAUGGAAUGAGGGCCCCGUCUGCCCCUGUGACCUGCCACACGGAGAAUGCAGGGGUCAUUGCCGGAGCCAUCGUCGGUGUGGUCCUGUUUCUCAUCCUGGUGGGCCUGCUGGUUUUCUUCCUGAAGAAGAGGCACAAGAAGACCCAGAGGAAACCGGCACCCAAGGUUCUGGGCUCCAGCCUCCUGGAGAACAUCCCGGCACAAGACUUUGCUGCCCACGUGAGGAAGAACGAGAAGGAUGCCAACAGCGGCUUCGCAGUGGAGUACCAGCGAUUGGCUCUGGAGGGCACCAAGCAGUCUCAAAUGGUGGCCUCAGCCCUCGAAAACAGUGCCAAGAACCGUUACCGAAAUGUGCUGCCCUACGACUGGUCCCGGGUGUCCCUGAAGCCCCACCAGGAGGAACCAGGCUCCGACUACAUCAACGCCAGCUUCAUACCUGGUCUCUGGGGCCCCCGCGAGUUCAUUGCAGCCCAGGGCCCCCUGCCCCAGACGGUGGCUGACUUCUGGCGCCUGGUGUGGGAGCAGCAGAGCCGCACCCUGGUCAUGCUGACCAACUGUGUGGAGUCCGGCCGGGUGAAGUGUGAGUACUACUGGCCUCUAGACGCCCAGCCAUGCACAUAUGGGCACCUACAAGUGGCCCUGGAGGGUGAGAAGGUGCUGGAGAACUGGACAGUACGAGACCUGAGGGUCCGGCACAUCCAAGAGCAGAAGACACUACGUGUACGUCAGUUCCACUACAUGACCUGGCCAGACCACGGCGUCCCCCACUCCCCAGACCCCUUGCUGGCCUUCUGGAAGAUGGUCCGGCAGUGGCUGGACCAGACCGUGGAGGGAGGCCCCCCCAUUGUGCACUGCAGUGCUGGCGUGGGCCGCACAGGCACCUUCAUUGCCCUGGACGUCCUGCUGCGGCAGCUGGAGCGUGAGCGUUUUGUGGGAGCCUUCAGCUAUGUGCGGAAGAUGAGGGAGAGCAGGCCUCUCAUGCUACAGACUGAGGCCCAGUACGUGUUCCUGCACCAGUGCAUCCUGCGGGGUCUCCAGCAGUCACCCCUAGCCCCAGCAGAGAAAGGGGCUUCGUACGUGAACCCGCUGUAUGAGAAUGUCUAAGCCACAAGAGAGUUGAGACCCCAGUGGAGACUCAGACUCUGGAUCUCCACUUGAGCCCAGAUUCCUGGAGCCCUGGGAGAGCAGAGGGCUGGGGUCCCAGACACCUGAGUCUUGCAGGAGGAGGGGAGGCCUUGGUGUCUAAACUGUUUCCCUGGAGGACAGAGGGCAGGUGGGAGCGGGUAUCCUGGAUUCCUGGUCCCUUGGAGGAGGAGGGAUGGGAGCUAGGCUUUCCUAGUUCUUCGAGGGAGGAGGAGGCUGGAGGCCUAGGCUGCUGGAUUCUGGGGAAGGAAGAAAUUCGCGUCUGGAACUCUAGCUACCCCUGGUGCAAAGGCAGACAGGAUCCAUCCCAUUUUUUGUUCCAGAAACCAAAUCUGUCUUCUAGGAUCUGAGAUUUCCCUGCACCCCACUGCGUGUACAUAUCUUUUUAUUCUAUCCCAUAAUUUAUUAAAUCACUAUUCUCCCCCAGA